AUGGAACCCGCCUUGUCCCUGGCCGUGUGUGCGCUGCUUUUCCUGCUCUGGAUUCGCUUGAAGGGGCUUGAGUUCGUGAUUAUCCACCAGCGCUGGGUGUUCGUGUGCCUCUUCCUCCUGCCACUGUCGCUCAUCUUCGAUAUCUACUACUACUUGCGCGCCUGGGUGGUGUUCAGGCUCAGCAGCGCGCCGCGGCUGCACGAACAGCGCGUGCGAGACAUCCAGAAACAGGUGCGAGAAUGGAAGGAGCAGGGCAGCAAGACGUUCAUGUGCACAGGGCGCCCCGGCUGGCUCACAGUCUCCCUGCGGGUUGGAAAGUACAAGAAGACACAUAAAAACAUCAUGAUCAACCUGAUGGACAUCUUGGAGGUAGACACCAAGAAACAGAUUGUCCGUGUGGAGCCCUUGGUGACCAUGGGUCAGGUGACUGCCCUGCUGACCUCCAUUGGCUGGACUCUGCCUGUGUUGCCUGAGCUUGAUGACCUCACUGUAGGGGGCUUGAUCAUGGGCACUGGCAUCGAGUCAUCAUCCCACAAGUAUGGCCUGUUCCAGCACAUCUGCACAGCCUAUGAGCUGGUCCUGGCUGAUGGCAGCUUUGUGCGAUGCACACCGUCCGAAAACUCAGAUCUGUUCUAUGCUGUGCCCUGGUCCUGUGGGACACUGGGCUUCCUGGUGACCGCUGAGAUUCGCAUCAUCCCUGCCAAGAAGUACGUCAAGCUGCGGUUCCAGGCAGUGCGGGGCCUGGAGAAUAUCUGUGACAAGUUCUCCCAUGAGUCCCAGAAGCUGGAGAACGACUUUGUGGAAGGGCUGCUCUACUCCCUGGAUGAGGCUGUCAUAAUGACAGGCGUCAUGACGGAUGAAGCAGAGCUCAGCAAGCUGAAUACCAUUGGCAAUUACUACAAGCCAUGGUUCUUCAAGCACGUGGAAAAGUACCUGAAGACAAACCAAGAGGGCCUGGAGUACAUUCCCCUGAGGCACUACUAUCACCGCCACACGCGCAGCAUCUUCUGGGAGCUCCAGGACAUCAUCCCCUUUGGCAACAACCCCAUUUUCCGCUACCUCUUUGGUUGGAUGGUCCCUCCCAAGAUCUCCCUCCUGAAGCUGACCCAGGGCGAGACCCUGCGCAAGCUGUAUGAGCAGCACCAUGUGGUGCAGGACAUGCUGGUGCCCAUGAAGUGCAUGCAGCAGACCCUGAAUACCUUCCACAAUGACAUCCACGUCUACCCCAUCUGGCUGUGCCCAUUCAUCCUGCCUAGCCAGCCGGGCCUGGUGCACCCCAAGGGCGAUGAGACUGAGCUCUACAUCGACAUUGGGGCUUAUGGAGAGCCACGCAUGAAACACUUUGAAGCCAGGUCGUGCACGAGGCAGUUGGAGAAGUUUGUCCGAAGUGUGCACGGAUUCCAGAUGCUGUAUGCCGAUUGCUACAUGAACCGAGAGGAAUUCUGGGAGAUGUUUGAUGGCUCUCUGUACCACAAGCUGCGGGAGCAGCUCAACUGCCAUGAUGCCUUCCCUGAGGUGUAUGACAAGGUCUGCAAGGCCGCCAGGCACUGAGGCACAGCUGGCCAGGCAAAAGACGCAUGGGUGGCUCCUGCCCCCCAGGGUUGGAAGGCCUCUUCCCUUUCCCUGAAGUUCAGCUGCUCUCCAGCUCCAUACUUUCAGCUAGAAGCCCCUUCCAGUAGCCCCACCCAGACAG